ACUCAUAUACUCUCUCUCACUUCACUCCAUCUUCUUCCAUCUCAUAUCAUCUUCCACACUUUCUCUCUCUAUCUUCAUUCCAUCUCUCUCUCACUCCCAUUUCCCCUCUAUACAAAUGAACUCAACUUUCCCUAAAAACUCAUAAACAAAUCAAAUAUUCCAUCACUCUGUACCAGAUCAACAACAACAGAAAAAAACACCAACCUCAACUAAAUCGAAAAAAGAAAAAAACAAAACAAUGAGAGAAAACCAUCCUCCAACAACAACACCAGAUCUACUAGCAAGAGGCGAGAUCGCCGAAUCAUCCACCUCAAAAAACCGAACCGGUUCAUCCGAACCAUUCCCCGGUUCAUCUCUUACCGAAAACCCAUCCCCCUUCCCAGACCAAGUCCUCGAGAACGUUCUAGAAAACGUCCUCCACUUCCUCUCCUCCCGCAAAGACCGCAACGCCGCCUCAUUGGUCUGCCGUUCCUGGUACCGUGCGGAAGCCCUCACUCGAUCCGACCUCUUCAUCGGUAACUGCUACGCACUCUCCCCACGGCGAGCCACCGCGCGUUUCAGCCACAUCAAGUCGGUUACCGUCAAGGGAAAACCUAGGUUUGCGGAUUUCGAUCUGAUGCCGGUUGAUUGGGGGGCCCACUUCACUCCUUGGGUUACUUCACUUGCUCAGGCUUACCCUUGGCUUGAAAAGCUUCACCUUAAACGUAUGUCUGUUACCGAUAAAGAUCUCGGCCUCAUCGCCGAUUCGUUCGUCGGUUUUCGUGAGCUUUUACUUGCUUGCUGUGAAGGGUUUGGUACCCCUGGUCUUGCUGUUAUUGCUUCUAAGUGCAGAUUGCUGAGGGUGCUGGAACUGGUGGAAUCUGUGAUUGAGGUUGAGGAUGAUGAAGAGGUGGAUUGGGUAUCUUGUUUUCCGACUGAGGGACAAACUCAUUUGGAGUCUCUUGCCUUUGAUUGUGUUGAGUGCCCUGUGAAUUUCGAGGCAUUGGAAGGGCUGGUGGCUAGAUCGCCUGGUUUGAAGAAGCUUAGAUUGAACCGAUCUGUUUCGAUGGUUCAGCUUCAUCGGCUCAUGCUUCGUGCUCCUCAGCUCACACAUCUUGGAACGGGUUCGUUCAGUGCUAAUGAGAAUGUUGAUCAAGAGCCUGAUUAUGCAUCUGCUUUUGCAGCUUGCAGAUCGUUGGUUUGUUUGUCUGGAUUUAGGGAGAUUUGGCCGGAUUACCUUCCUGCUAUUUAUCCAGUUUGCUCAAACCUCACUUCGUUGAAUUUUAGUUAUGCUGAUGUUAAUGCGGAACAGCUCAAGUCUGUUAUAUGCCACUGUCAUAAGUUGCAGAUAUUGUGGGUCCUUGAUUCAAUAGGCGAUGAAGGCCUUCAGUCAGUGGCUGCAACUUGCAAUGACUUGCGCGAGCUUCGAGUUUUUCCUGUGGAUGCGAGGGAGGAAACUGAAGGUCCUGUUUCUCAGGUUGGUUUUGAAGCCAUUUCACAGGGUUGUAGAAAAUUAGAAUCGAUUUUGUUUUUCUGCCAGACAAUGACGAACGCAGCUGUGGUUGCAAUGUCGAAGAACUGUCCCGAUCUUGUGGUGUUUCGUCUCUGUAUAAUUGGGGUGUAUCGUCCCGAUGCUGUGACACAAGAACCCAUGGAUGAGGGUUUUGGUGCUAUUGUUAUGAACUGCAAGAAGCUCACCCGACUUGCUGUAUCUGGUCUGCUGACUGAUCGAGCUUUCGAAUACAUCGGAAGAUAUGGGAAAUUGAUUAGGACACUAUCAGUUGCCUUUGCCGGAGACACUGACACAGGCCUUAGGUAUGUACUCGAAGGGUGCCCUAAUUUGCAGAAACUUGAAAUCAGGGACAGUCCCUUCGGGGACGGAGCUUUGCGAUCCGGUUUGCAUCAUUACUAUAACAUGAGAUUCCUUUGGAUGUCGUCCUGUAAAUUGACACGUCAAGCUUGCCAAGAAGUUGCACGAGCAUUGCCUCACAUGGUUUUGGAAGUUAUCAACAAUGGCGAAAAUGCAGUUGAGGAGAUUGGAAUACUGUACAUGUAUCGGUCUCUUGAUGGGCCGCGAGAUGAUGCUCCAGAACAUGUUACCAUUCUGCAGUAGAUAUUUCAAUUCAAAUUGAUUUCGGCGAAGAGGGGAUUAUUUAUAUACUACUGUUCUUCACGCGGCUGCUGUGAUGGAAAGCCGCAAAGAUGCUGUUCUUUUGAUGGAAGCCGAGAUUUCUUCAUCUUUCUUUGUUUAUGUUUUAAGAGGACUCGAGGUUAUGAGAUGGGAAUAGAAUGUUGUGAGGGAGAGGAGGGGAGAGAAUGAUGCAGAAGAUGGAGUUCUACAGUUAUUGUUUUUCGUUUCUAUUCAAUUUAUCGUAGGGGGAAAGACGUCAAGGACAAGAGGAAGUGGAGAUUGCCGAAGCUACUAUGAGGAUUGGUUAGUAAUUGUUAUUUCAUUUCCAUGGUCUCAAAAAGGAGGUACGUUGGGAGAAGAUUCAGAGGGAUCACAAAACAGAAGGCAUGAAGAGGUGAUGUUCCCUAACUUUUCCACUAUACCAUAAUAGUAGAGAAGCAAAAUCUAUUCAAUUUGUAAUGAACAAUUAGUCUUUAUUUGGAUUCAAAUGAUAGUUAGUUUUUAAGUUGUAGGUGGAAAGAGUCCAAUCAAUCCUCAGACUGAUACAAACUUAGCUGUCUCCUUAAUUUCAAUGUUUUUAUUUGUUUUCAUUUUCAGAUGUGUUGUUGUAUCAUCUGAUUUUAGAAUUUAUUGUUGUUGUUAACAAAUUGUGAGAUGGUUAAUAAAUGCUAGAAUAUGCAUGGACCAUGUAGUGUCUAUGUCCUUCGUUUUCUGAA